UUCUUCUUCUUCUUCUUCUUCACCGAGUCAUUCAUUUCUUCUGUAAGCAGCCAGACGAAACUUUUUAACGAUCUAUCCAUCGAACAAAGUCGCGAUACCACCAUUUUCGAGGUCGGAGCUAGGGGUUUUCGUUUCUCUGUUUUCGGAUCAGGAUUAGGAUACUUCUUCAUCACCAUGGCAGCCAGAAAUGCUUUCAGAAUUGUGUCUCGCAGGUUCUCUAGUGGCAAAGUUCUUAGCGAAGAGGAGAAAGCUGCUGAGAACGUUUUCAUUAAGAAAAUGGAGCAGGAGAAGCUUGAGAAGAUAGCCAGACAGGGUCCGGGAGAACAAGCAGCAGGGUCAGCAAGUGAAGCAAAGGCCGCUAGUGGUGCAACAUCAACAGCUGAGUCAGGCCCAAAGGUGUCAGAAGACAAGAACAGAAACUAUGCGGUGGUGGCAGGUGUGGUGACUAUUUUCGGUGCAAUUGGUUGGUACCUGAAAUCAGGUGGAAAGAAGCAGCCAGAGGUCCAAGAGUAAAGAUUGAUGGACUAGCGAGUGAAUAAAACAGGGAGUGGCACAUUACUCAUUCCUAUCUUGUGAGAAAACUUUGGACAUGUUGUUGCUCUCUUUUCUUGGGGUUUUUGCUAAACCUAAUCUUGAAACAGUUUUUUUUUUGGGAUUGUUACAUUUUAGUUUCGGAAUCUUUUAAUUGCAUAGACUUUUCAGAUCA